AUCUGAAACGCUCACUGCCUGUCUUUGCGUGAUCCAAAUUUAGAAUUAUCAUUUAUCGAUUUGGAUGAGAUGAUAAAGUCUGUUCUUGUUCGUUCCUGUUCUUCUCCUUUGCUUGUCGAAGCUAAGGAUUUCCAUCGUUCAGACGCUUCCCGCAGGAGACAUGGUUCAACCAUCACUUGUUCUUCUUCUUCCUCCUCUUCUUCCUCAAGGAGCAGUGCUUAUGUUCCUCGGCUUGAGCCGUUUAGUCGAACCAGGCUUGAAAGAGCUGUCAAGGAACCGCCGUUGAUCGAAAAGUCCGGGAAUGAACUCGCCGAUUAUUGUUCGACGCUUGAAGGAGAUGGUUCUUAUAGCUGCUGGAGAGCGUAUUUUGAGCUGAAAGAUUUGGAAAGAGAGUCACCGAAAGAGGAUGUAGAGAAGCUAAUUCUUCAAGCAGGUGGAGUGAAAUCCUUGAUUGGAUGUUUGCAUGGAAUUUCCUCAAUGCACAAAGGAAGGAAGAAUGGUUUUGGUUUCAUGGCACCAAUUACUGUGGAGAAAGAAAGAGACAGAACAUGUCCAAUACCUGAUGGAUUGCCAAAAUCUAAGGAAGAGCUAGAAGAAGAAGAGAAAGCUAGAAUGCCAGAUUCGCCAUUUACUAGAUUGCUUCGAACUAAAGGAAGAUUUCCUGCUUGGUACUCUCCUACUCCUGACCAUGAAACAGAUUGAUAAAUAAGCUGCAUUUUGUAGAGAACUUUUGUCAAGUUGCUUCUGUGCAUAGCCGAUAUAAAUAAAAGUGGUGGCUAUGUGAGUUUUUCUGUUUCUUUGUUAUGCAAAUUAUUGUCACCAGAUGAGACUUUGGUAUGUGUAAUGGAAAGUUCUUUGUGCUGGAAGUUACGUUUCCAACAUUCAGCAUCUGUGAACUUUGUGAAUAUUAUUGCAAUGUUUCAGUUGUUAAUGCUAAGUUGCACAAAUGCAUCAUA